CAAAAGGCCCUGGUGUCUUUUCCUUUGCUUUUAAUGUCUUGCCGGCCUUCCCUGCUCGUGCCAUUCAUGAGUCCAUUGACCCUGCGACCUUCGACAUCUUGUUACGUACUCUUGCAAAGGUCUCUCGCAACCACACAAGACUUUGGGACGUGCUUGCCACCCCUCUGAAUCAGGAAACGAUGGCGGUGAUAUGGGGUCUGGACCUCAAGGAUAUGCAAUGGGGGAAGUUCAAGAGCUCUUACAUGUUUGGUAACAAGGAUUAUCAUUUGCGAAGGACAAAGUUCGUGGUCUAUCAAAUAGCCAUGAUCUUUUGUGUCGUUUCGGAAUCAGUGGGCACCGCUGCCAUGUCAGACUAUGUGAAGCAACAGUCAAGGAUUGAGAGUCUACAUUCCUCGGCCGCUGUGCAUAACGAUGACUUUGUCGGCAUUGCUUCUUACAAUAUCUUUGUGGGUAUUGCGGUUGCCACGAUCUUCGGUGCAGCAUUCUUCUUCGACUUGUUCUUUCCGGAGCGUUAUGAGCCUCGCAACAUCCGCUGGGCGUGGAGAAUCAGUGCACUCGUGGUCACCAUAAUGACCUUUGCUGAUGCACUGGCCUUGACCGUCAUUGUGGCUACAGGCAAAGCUAGGAUCUCUGCAGAUUCGCAAGAUCAGGCAGAGAUCGCGCGGGGGAGAGUCAAUCCUCCGUUACGGUAUCGUGACAAUGGGCGGGCAAUUGCCAGUGUUGUCUGUCUCUGGAUCGGUCUGGUCGGCACUAUUGCUAGCUGCAUCAUUCUCUGGCUCUACUACAAUCACCUCGAUACUUAUGGACCCAAGUCGCACACAGCUCGUAUGCGAGACGAUGUCGACAAGAGCAUCUUGCAAGCAGAGAGGGUCAACUCGAGUAGGGGUGCCCAGGACCAACCUCCUUCCAAAGAAGCAGUUUGAUGCGAGCAUCUCGGCAUUGAGACCUCGCAAUCGAUACCAGAAAAAGCGUCCUGCUCGAUGUAUGAUUACACACUUAUGGGAGAGGGAGAGCAUCCGCCCCUGGUGAGAGUGCGCAAUCUCACGUUUCCUAGACCAGCAGACAUGCGAAGUUAGAA